AUGGGUGACCUGCAAUGCGCCUUUCUAGCCUUCUGCGAUUUUUGCCAGAGGGGUUCAUCGAUGUGCAGUGAUAAGACUCUUAGAAAGAUAUGCAUGGAUUGCAACAUCUACACGGAAAGCUUCAAUGACAGCAAAGUAGAUAUCCAAUUUCGUAAGCACACGGGAAACUCGAAAAGGAAUGUCGACUAUGAGGGCUUUUUAGACUUUAUUAAUGGCGCAUUUUCUGAUGCUUAUUCUUGUGCAUACAAAAUCAGUAAAACGGCGGCGAUCGAAGAAUUAAAGUCCAAAAUUGCUGCCGGUUGGCCUCAGUUGAACAAUACGACCGAGGUCGACUGUGAGGAAGGCCUCGAAAGGCUGUGUGACGUUAAACUGUACACCGGAAUUCAUAGGGCAAGGUUUGACCCAGAAACCGGGAAAGGAUUGGGCAAAGAUGGGAGUGAGGAUAAUGCCAUCUGCAGUGGAUACGUCAAUGGCUAUACAAAUAUGGGUACCUACGAUCUGACCCACUCAUACACAUCACCCUUGAAAAAGCAGUGCCAGUGA